AUGGCUAGAGCACGAACCACCUAUUCGGCCCUCUCAAAUAUGAAGUCGGGUGAAGUUUCAGAGGAGUUUCUUGUUGGCGUGGUCAGCAUUGGAGCUUUUAUCACGUGCAUUUCCCUGGUGAUGGCGGCAGUGAUGAUCAGAAACAAGGAGAUGAGUCGUAAAAGACACGCACAAAAGGUUGUAUUGAGUGCGGCCAUCUAUGAUGAGAACGGAAUGAUCCUGGUUACAAAGAACGGUCAUUUACCAUACAAGAGGAUUACCGAUGAUCAUUUUCAAAAGAGCCUGAAAAUUGAGUUCACGCCGCACCAUCCGGUAUUCCAAUGGAUCUAUCGACUGUCGCACGAUUGGAUUAGCAUCAAAAAAUGGCUCCCGCACAUUGAAGCAAAUAUGAAAAAAAGACCGACCAACUCAUACAAAAUCACGUCGAAAUUACGUACAGGCGCCGAUGAUCGUCCUGCGGACACAUAUUCCACGCAAUUCAUGGAAAUGCUAAUCUACGGUGCCAAGACAUUGGCAGAUUCGCUGAGCAUUCCGCUCGAAGAAGCCGGAGUUUUAUUUGAUCAAAUUUUAAUUACAGGCAGUUGUUCUGAACCAUCAUCAUCCGGGUGCUCGAGUAAGAUGAAAUUUGAGUGUGGAUUGAAACAAAAGAUAAACAGAAAUACCAAGAUCAACGGUGACGGAAAUAAAUCUAACGGUGGCACCGAUAUCAGAUUCGGGAAAGGGCAGAUGUUAUUUCUCGUGAAGCAAAUAAAUUCCGCAACAAAUAAUCAUGUUUCAACGUUUGAUCACGUAUCAAUCUCGAAUCGAGUGGAAUCCGCAUUCAGUUCGAGCUCUUACUAUUUUGAUCCUCGGUGCGCAGAAAAAUUUCAAGGAUUAGGAUACAGGUUUGCCUCUCCGCGAUCAGUUGCUCCAAUAAUGGCCGAACGAAUUGGCAUUACUUCAAUGCAAAUGCAAAUUUAUUUGGAAAAAAUGUUUCAUUAUUCUACGAUCGGGCUAUCACGAAUGAUGGAGGAAAACUGUGUGUACACCGGACUAUUCGUCACCAGAAAUGGAGAAUGUGAUAGUCGCGGUUGUGAUGACGAUAGUCAUGAGGACAUAUGUGGGAGUAACAGUUCCAACAGUUUUAGCUGUGUAAAUGGCGCUAGGAAAAGCACAGGUUUGUUCCAAGAGAGUAUUGACACCCUGACAAACGAAGAGCAAAUAUUAGUCAUGGAUCACUUUCGACACCAAAUACCGAUCUCGAAAUUACCCUCAAUAAAGGACAUCGGCCAUGUCGAGAUGGAAUACAUCAAGCGUAAAUCCGGGAUCACAAUUACCGAACUUAUGCAGCAGCUUGGGCAAGCAUUCUUUUAUCCCACCGCAAACCUUGGUGAUGGUGGCAACCAAAGAAAUGCAAAUUCUGGCAAAGAAGUUAAUACCGAUAGUGCAAGAAAGAGAAUCUUUUCAAAAACCUACUUCAAUAGCCUAGUGAGAAGCGCAUCACGAAAACGUUUCUCCGUUAACAAAUCACAAAAGGACGAAUCAAGUUUUUUUGAAACCGAUUCGCAUAAUUCCUAUGAUAGCACACGUGACACCGACGGCCAAGAAUCAUCGAACGAUGAUUCACCUCCAGCCGACGAUUUCAUGAAUGAUAGUUUAUACGAAUUCCGGUAUGGCCUAACUCAAUCUUUACACCGCCUGAUUAACAUCAUCAAUGACGAUCAAUUAUACUCGAAUGCCAAGUUGGUUCCACUUGUCUUUGACAUUUCCGUUAAUGAUGGUAAUUCCAACUUGAUCCCUAACGGCUGCCCUCAGGAUGAUUCUGAUCAUUCGUCCAACAUAAUAUCAUCUUCUCCCCUAGAUAUCAAUGUCUCUUCGGUUACACUUUCACCGCUGGCCCCAAGAUUGCCGGUUCUAGGUCAAGUUUCAAAAUCCGCGAAACUGAUCGUGUUUCAUCUCAAGCUCACCCAGGAUAUCAAGCCAAGACUGUCAAGAGGCGAGGUGUGUUUCAUUCCUUUUGGUAUGUUUGAAAUUUAUCAGGAUAUUUUGUAUUACAACAACAAGCAAGAGGUGAGUAAUUGGAGAAGAACGGUAGACAAUGAAAUCGGUCAAAUAAUGAAGAAGAAGGUGAAACAAGAUAAAGUCCUUGUGCGCAAGGGUCAGAUGACUGGAGAUGAGGAUGAGAUUGAGAUGGUGGUCAUAGAUGGAGGUCAUCUCCUGACAAAUGAUAACAAGGGGGGCUUGAGUACAAGGAUUCAUGAGAAAAAGCGUUGGUAUCAUGUUGUCAUUGAGGGAUCAUAUAACAAUAUGAGCGAUGAAAAUUGGAAUAUUGGUGAACAUGAAAAUGGUUGA